AUGAAAAAAUUAAUAAUAAGUAAUAUGAGUAAAAAUAUUGUAACUUUAAAAGAAUACAUAUAUAUAAUAAAUACAUUCAUUUCAAACUUAUUAUUGUGUUAUUCAAAAAAAAAUAAUUCCUUGAAUUUUGUUAGUUGCAUUCUUUGUGCACCAGUUCUUAAUAUUAUAUUUAUGUAUAUAACAAAUAUAUUCCCGCGUUUGUCCUUAGCAGAACAAUUAUAUAUUACUGUAUGUUACAUU